UUAAACAAACACAAACUGGCAUGCAGUCAUGGGGGCGGACGACCCGGGACUGUCUCCUCCCACGUACGCAACAAUGCCUUAUAUUGACGGCGUUGCCGAGCCGAUGGUUAUUCGUUUUGUUAACCUCCCGACGCACCGUAUAUCAAGAUGGCUGAGAAGAAUAGCUCUAAGAAGGUGACUACUAGAGCCGGCCGCCACCCACCGGCUGCCGAGAUGGUUGCUACAGCAAUCACCGAGUUGAAGGACCGCAAUGGCUCCGCGCUGCAAGCAAUAAAGAAGUAUAUCGCUACCAAUUUCGAUGUGCAGAUGGACCGACAGCUGCUAUUCAUCAAGCGGGCCCUAAAGUCUGGUGAGAAAGGCAAACUAGUGCAGACGAAGGGGAAAGGAGCUUCGGGUUCUUUCAAGGUGAAUGUGCAGGCGGCCAAGGCACAGGCGUCGGAGAAGGCCAAGAAGGAGAAGGAGAAGGCAAAACUGCUAGCACAGCGUGAGAAGGCCAAGGAAAACUGCAGCGAAGAAGGAGAAACUGCAGAAGGCAGCCGCGCAAAGAAAGUCAAGGCAGCCCCCAAGAAAGCGAAGAAGCCAGUAAAGAAAACGACUGAGAAGAAAGAGAAGAAGAAGACUCCGAAGAAGGCACCCAAGAAGCCAGCAGCCAAGAAAUCAACACCAAAGAAGACGCCCAAGAAGGCAGCCGCAAAGAAACCCAAGACUGCCAAGCCCAAGAAGCCUGCGGCAAAGAAGGCUGCAAAGUCCAAGUGAUUUGCACGCCAACUUUCCCAUCCUACCAAAACGGCUCUUUUCAGAGCCACCA